AUGGCCUGCGGAAGUGAUGCAGGCAGUGGGCGGCUAAGCUGCAGCGCAGCCGACCGCAAAGGGCCUGCGCCAGCUCGAUCUGUGCGGGCCUUGGACUGGCCGCUGAGCAAGGAGGAGAAGCGACAUUGCGCCAUGAAGCUCUUUCAGAAGGAGGUUGAGGCAUCCGCUGAGCAGCUCGAUGAUCAGUCCGAUCAGAUCGACGAGCUGCAGGCAGAGAUCAAAGCCGGGGCCCCACAGGGUGCUGCGGCGGUUGUCCACCUGCUCCACGGCAGCUGGCUCCCUGCCGAGCUCCGGCAGGAGGGGCCUGUCGAGGCCACCCUGCUGGCCGCAGUGGAAGCCUAUGACACAGCCUGCCAAAGGAGCCGCUCACAGCCCAAUCGAUCGCCGUGGCGUGGGUUGCAAGAUGUCACCCGCCGGGAGCAGAUCGCCAAGUUCUAUGGCGGUUGUGAAGAGCACGCAGCAGAUUUUUGGGGCUGUGUGGCUGAGAAGGAUGGUCUCACUCCGCUGGAGGCCGCCAUGUGGCUGGCGAAGUCGCUGCCUGCUCCAGUCGUCAUGGAUGGGCGCUGGCGAGGUGCGCUGCUCCGCAACAACCAGGGCCGCCCAGGCUUUGAGAAGAUGCGGGCCCGAGCGCAAGCUGCUGACCAGGCGGCCGUGCUCCGCCUGGAGGCCGAGCGCGAGCUGCGGCGAGCUUUCCGAGGCGACGAGUUCCUCGAAACUCCGGGCUUGUCGGAAGCCAUUGUCAACAUCUCGCAAACAAUGUCAGGCCCCUCUGGCGAGCACGUACCUGGUGCGACGCACGUUGCUGCCCUCCUUUUGUAUGGCUUGCUUCCAGGAAGCACUUCACUGGAGGAGGCGGAAGCAGAUGCCUUUUGGUGCUUCUUCGAGUUGCAGACCAACAGCAAGCCGCCAUCCACAGAUCGUCGAGCAAAGCGGCUGAAGGAGUUGCUGCGCACUUAUGAUGAGCCGCUUUCCGAGACCCUGAACCGUCAGGGCCUCAUCUUUGUGGCCGCUCGAUUGGGCGAGGCGCUCUUCGCCUCGGGGGGCUUCGCUGUGGAGACCUGCGCGCAGCUUUGGGAUGCCAUGCUCGAUGACUCAGAGCGCUUCGCCUUCAGUGACUGGAUACUCUGUGCAAUGAUCCUGCUCAAGCGCUUCCAGCUCUUGCGCAUGACAGAUGAUGCCGCGCAGCUGGCCGAGGCGCUACAGUCCUUGCCUCGCACUGUGCCCGUUGAGCGAAUCCUCCGCUUUGCCGCGGCGCUGCGCGCUGCAUCGCGACGACGGCAACGCAGAGAAGCUAAGGCCAGCCGAGCGCGAGUCCGAUCGCCGCAAGAGGAACCGGAUGAGGACGUGCAGGGCCCUCUCCAGGUCCUCGGCUCAUGGUUCGGUCGCGCAAAGGAAAAGGGGGCAGAGGCCCUCGAGGCGACCCGCAGCGUCGCGCGCUGCGCGUGGCCGCGCGAGAGAUGCUGCCGAGCCACCCCAGAGCCCGUCGAAAAAUGCCAUGAGGAGGAGAUGCAGCCGCUUCGCCGGCGAAACACUGCGGAAAGUUCCAAGACGGACUAG